AUGGAAGAUUGUCGCGUUGUUAAUCCGAGACGAAGUAUUCGGAAUCGGGAAUCCGGCGACGAGAUCGGCGAGCUGGAGGCGGAAUUGCGAAAAGCGUACAUCGCUAAGGAGUUGCGAGUGCAGCUCGCGGAAAAGUCGACGGAACGGUACAUCGAGAAAAUGCGACAGCAACAAACCAUGAAAAUGAUGCGGCUGGAGCAACAGACGGCUUUGGAGAUGGAUCUCCGUCGAAAAUCCGAGGAUCUCCUUAAGUCCGAAGAUUACAGACACCAGCUGACGGAGCAGAUAACGAGAAAACAGGAAGAGAAGAGCGUCGCGAUGGAGGAAGCACGCAGAGAGAGGGAAAUCUUAGCGGAAGUUGACAGGAUGCGCGAGCAGUCCGAGAAACUUCGUGGAACGAUAGCGAAGAACGAGCUGGCCGAGAGCAUGAGACGAGAACGUUUUAUACUACAGGAAAUGAAAGAGAUCCGCAAUCAGGAGGAGAUGGAGGCCGAAACGAAGAAGCUUUCGGAGGACAAGGUGUAUCUCCGCGAAAUUGAUCGACGAACGGAAGAGGCAAAAAGACUCCGCGUGGAGCAGAUACUGAGCAGGGAACGAGCAAUGUGCGAAAUAGCAAAGAUAUUGGCGGACGCGAGCGACGAGAAAGAGAAGAGAAUGUCGUUGGUCGCCGAGAUCAUGGAAGCGGAUGUCAGACGCGAGCUGCUGAUCAAAGAGAAAGAGGCGAUCGUUAGGAGAAGGAAGAUGAGGGACGAUUUGCUGGCUAAUUUGGAGGAACAGAUCGUUUUCACGGAACAGUGCAAACUGCGCUUUCUUGAGCAAGAUAUGGCAUUCGCGGAAGAUAUCUUGAGGAAGAUUAUGGACGAUGAGAGAACUGCUAAACUCACCGCGGCGGCUAAACGAAGAAUGCAGUUGCAGUAUCGCGAAGAUUUGACUCGGAUGAUCGAGGAACGUCGGAGGAUUCGAGAGAUCGAAAUUGCUAAACUGGAGGAGGAAGCGAGGGAAGAAAACAUGUUGGAGAUGAUUCAUCGGAGUCGUGUCAGAGAAGAGAGGAAACGAUUGUUGCAAGAACAUGCGUCCAAUGUGGUUGGUUUUUUGGAUCAGGAUGUUCUCUCCGCUGAAGAAAAGCAUAUUAUGGCGAAGGCCGCGGAGGAUGAGACGGUUUCGUAA